GUCUACUGUAGUUGGAGCGAAUAAUUCGUCCUCGAUGAUAGGGAUAUUUCGGACUUUUUACCAUUCGGCUAAAUCUAUACGUUAGAAUGGUUUUCAUAUGUAUCUGGCUGUUUGCUACAUUCUUUGCAACUGGUAUGAGUCUUGAUAAUGGCUUGGCUAGGACACCACCCAUGGGUUGGCUCACAUGGAUAAGGUUUGCCUGCAAUACAGACUGUGACUAUGACCCAAACUUUUGUAUAAGUGAAAAACUAAUUAAGGAAAUGGCAGACCAUAUGGUUCAAGAUGGCUACAAGGAUGCUGGUUAUGAAUAUGUGUGUAUAGAUGAUUGCUGGCUGGCUAAAGAAAGGGAUGAGAAUCAUCGACUUCAACCUGAUCCCAAGCGAUUCCCUAAUGGUAUCAAGCAUCUUGCUGAUUAUGUACACUCUAAAGGUCUGAAGUUGGGUAUAUAUGAAGACUUUGGGACAAAGACCUGUGCCGGGUAUCCAGGAAGUGAAUUUUACAUGCAGCUAGAUGCACAGACAUUUGCUGAGUGGGGCGUUGACUUGCUUAAGUUUGAUACCUGCCACUCAGAUGCACAUGACAAUAAAGAAGGAUAUCCUGCGAUGUCUAUGUAUCUGAAUCAAACAGGACGUCCUAUCUUGUUCUCUUGUGAAUGGCCUUAUGGGGAACUACAACAAAACUUAUCGUCAGAUUAUGGGCCAGUACGGAAGUAUUGCAAUGUUUGGAGGAAUUACUGGGAUGUUUUAGAUGAUUUCCAGUACGUGAAGAACAUUGUCAAGUUUUACGGUGACAAUAAUGCAUUGUUUCAGAAAUACUCUGGACCAGGGGGAUUCUUUGAUCCAGAUCAGGUUAUUGUUGGGGGUAUAGGAAUGAGUCAUUACCAACAGAGGGCGCAGUUGGCAAUGUGGGCGAUGUUUUCUGCACCUCUUAUGAUGUCAAAUGAUCUUAGAGACAUUCAGAAUGAGGCCCGAGAACUUUUAUUGAACAAAUACAUAAUCAGUGUCGAUCAAGAUCCCCUAGGUGCCAUGGCAACUAGGGUAUGGGUGAUUAAUGGUCUAGAGUUAUGGGUAAAACCUAUUGUACCAAAAGGAAGUUUAGCCAUAGUUUUCUUCAACACUAAGAUAUUUGGUAGUGGGACACCUAUUAGUACAGCAGCCUCAGAUAUAGGAAUGUCUAAUCCUAAAGGCUACAGGGUCACAGAGGUUUUUACAGGGAAAGACCUGGGAAUUUUUAAGCCUGAGACAAAUUUGACAGCUCGUGUGUUUACAACUGAUGCUUAUAUGAUAGUUUGUCAUAUUCUGUCAUAAGACAUACUGUGUAAGACUUGAGACUUGUGAUAUACUUAUUUAUACAGUAGUAUUUAUACAGGAUUUAAAAAAAAAUACUGCAGAUUGUUAUGUAAGACCUGCAGUCAAAUCGGAUAACUAAUGGACUUUAGGGCAUAAUGCUUGAAAUGCCAUUGAGUUCUAUGGGUUGAGCCAAUGAGGUGCUAACCAGUUAUAGUUUUGAUGUGAAUGAGUUAUUAUGAUGAGGUGCUAACCAGUCAUAGAGAUAAGCUGUCAACUAGUUAUAAAAAUUAUGUGUUAACCAGUUCCAGUGAUUUGUUAACCAGUCUUUAAUAAGCCUUGGUUGAUGAGGUGUUAACCAUUUGUAGUGAUGAGAUGAUAACCACUCAUGGCUGAAUUUUUAGAGAAUCUCUUUUCAAAAGAAGUUGGGUAUAAAAAAUAAGCCAAGUGUUUUGUUAAUGUAUUUUACAUCUGUGUGCAAGAUCAUAGUACUCUUAAUACUGUUCAAUACAAUCAAUAGCUGAUAAUUAUUCAGCCAUAGAAAGUUUGUGAUGAUCCAUGUCAGAACUCAAUAUCAUAUUAACAUAACAUUAAGUGUGUUCAGUGCAUUGUGAAGGACAUAAAAAUCCCAGCCAUGUGACAUAUCUCAAUCCUAUUAUGUUGCCUUGUUUGUUCUUUGAGAUUAAUAAUUUUAAUGCUUUUAAAUAUGAAGUUUUUAUAUUGUUUAAGAGGUAUAGUAAAAACUUAAAAAAUCCAAAAGAGGUAGAGCUUAGAUAUUAGGCAUGAGAUGUCUUCUAGUGGAUGUCUACCAAGUUUGUUCAAAUGAAACAUUGAUGGUCAAAAUUGAACCCCGCCCCAGUAUAUGUAUCAAGCAAAAACUUAAAAAAUCUUCUUGUGACAAUCCAGAAACAUCUUCUAGUGGAUGUCUACCAAUUUUGCUCAAAUGGCUUAGGGUCAAAAUUAGCCCCGCCCCAGGGGGUCAUUGAUUUCCCUUACUUAAAAAAUCAUUUUGUGAAAAACUGCAAGAGCUUAGAUAUCUGAUAUUAAAUAUCUUCUAGUGUAUGUCUACCAUGUUUGUUGAAAUAAAACUCCUAGAAUUAAAAUUGGCCCCACCACAGGGGAUCAAAGUCGACAGUUCAGUUAAAUCCCCAGCCAGGUCAAAUGUUCGUUUUCCUUCUCUUUUUUCUGUCUAUUUGCUCACCUCUAACUUAGUGAUAGGCUGAACUGUUUAAUAAAAUGUCUGCCAGAGCGAAAAUCCGAAAACAUGAACAUCUUAGCAAUAUGAUGUCAAUAUCUAAACCAAUGGUUUGGUUCUGAAAUAAUUUUACACAAAAAUUUCCUUGAUGACAGUUAACAAAGAUUUUUCAGAUUAAGCUGUCUGUUGUUUUCAAAAUGUGCUUCUGGGGUGAAAAGGGGCUCCAAUUUUACCCUCUGACCUAUUUCUCAGGUGAGCGAUGGAGGGCCCUCUUGGUCCUCUUGUAUAUUACUUUUUUUGUUGUUAAUUUUAUUUAUUUUUUAUUUUAUUCAAAGAUAUAAAUGUAUAAACAUAUUCAGUAAAAUUAACAUUAUAUAAAAAUGUAUUAUAUAAUUAUGGUAAGUUUAACCACCCUUACUUUUUCAAUUAUAAUGAUUUUUUGUAUUUUAUUUUUGUAAAUACAGAUUUUUAAAUGUG